AUGGCUGCGAAUCUAGCGAAAGCUGGGCUUUAUGUUGAUGAUUUCAACAAACUACGAAUAUUAGAUCCAUCGAUAGCACAAUCAACCCAAGAAUUUAAGGAUGAAUGCGCUGACUUCAUCAAUAAGACCGAGGAAUUCCAGUCCGUUACACAGACUGUUAUGGAACUUUUUGAGACCAUUUCUGCAAAGGUUGAAAAAAUGAAGAUAAAAGUGAGAUGCUGGAACUUUUAG